UCUCCGGGUGGUGGGAAUGCAGCGUUUUCUUCUGAACUACCCAUUGAAUUUUGGGUGAAAAUAGCUUAGCCUGGCAAGUUCUGCUUUUGCCUCGGUUCCCCCCCUGCCCCCCCGGCAGGACUGGAGGCUGUUUCAGCUCGGCGCAGUAGCUGCAAGUCCGGAAGAGGUUUCUGAAGUUAAUUUUUCACUGGCAGCCUGUGCGUGUUGCAGAGGUAAGGGAGGGUUUAGGAGGCCACGGGAGGGUCAGGACCACUCUCCACCAGGUGCUGGCUUCCACCUGGGGCCUCUUUAACCAGGUGAGGUAGGAAAAGAGCAUUCAAGAGGGAAGUCAAGCGGCAAACACCCUGUUUUUAUCUUCAUCUGUGCUCCUCAGCUUCAGGCAGGCAUGAGUUACAGACCUAACUACUCCGUUUUUAUGGGGAAAUUGUAGAGAUCUUUAAAAUAAACAGUCUCAUCCCCUCCUCUUUCUGUUCCCAAACUUUGAAGAGCUUUUCCUGCCUGAGCUGUCCCUGAAAUGACUGCACUUGCCAGGAAUUGAGGCGUAAAUCGGCACCGGAGCUGGACGGGAGUCAGGCUGUUUUCUUCGGAACUUGUCUGAGCAGGUUGCUUCCCGUGGCAGGGACCCCGAGUUGGGCUGCAUCAUGGCAACGGUUGUCACCGAGAAGCUCAGCCGCCUCUUCAUUAACGUGAGGCAGGUCCCCCAGCUGCUGGGCCCCCUCUCUCCCUCCACCGUCAGCAGUUCGGAGGUGCCAAAGGUCUUCUGGAAGCCCUACAUCCACACCGGUUACCGGCCGGUGCAGCAGACCUGGCGUUAUUACUUCUCGACCCUCUUCCAGCAGCACAACGAGGCCAUCAACGUCUGGACCCAUCUGGUGGCAGCCCUGAUCCUGCUGCUGCGGUUCCAACAGCUCUCGCAGCGGGUGGCUUUCGGGCAGGACCUUCACGCCCAACCCCUCCUCAUCAUCAUCGUGGCCUCCAUCACCUACCUGACCUUCAGCACCCUCGCUCACCUUCUGCAGGCCAAAUCCGAGUUCUGGCACUACAGCUUCUUCUUCAUGGACUACGUGGGGGUGGCCAUUUACCAGUAUGGCAGCGCUUUGGGGCACUACUACUACGCCAUCGAGCCAAGUUGGCACGAGAAGAUUAAGGGGUUUUACAUGCCAGCAGCUGUCCUGUUAGCCUGGCUGUCCUGCGCUGGUUCCUGCUACGCCAAGUACCGGUACCACCAGUCUGCUCUCCUCCUGAGCCGGCUCUGCCAGGAGCUGCCCUCCGGCCUGGCCUAUGUGCUGGACAUCAGCCCCGUGCUCCACCGCAUCUUCACCGCGCCGCCCUCUGAGCAGGAGGACCCGGCCCUUCUGUAUCACAAAUGCCAGGUGGUGUUUUUCCUCAUCGGCGCCUUUUUUUUCUCACACCCUUACCCCGAGAAGUGGUUCCCGGGGAAAUGUCACUUCUUUGGCCAGAGCCAUCAGAUUUUUCAUGUGUGCCUGGUGCUCUGCACGCUGGCGCAGAUCGAGGGGGUGGUGUUGGACUAUGAGUCCAGGAGACACAUCUAUUCCACGCUUCAGGGUGAUCUGGCACACAAUUUCUCUGCCCUGUGCCUCUUCACUGUCACCUGCUCUGUCCUCACAGCCGCUUUCAUGGCCAGGAAGGUGAAGAACAAACUGAGCUUCAAAGAAGAAUAAGAGCCCUCAAGGAGAAGCAGGUGAGCUCAUCCCAACGGUUGAUCUGCAGCUGCCUGUGGUGAUGCUGGUGCGAAUCUGGCUUCAAACUUUGAGGAGAAGAGGAAUUAAAUGCUUGGCGAACUGUUAACUCAGCGGUGCGCUCUGUAGGGAAGGGAAAGUAGGAGCUGCUUUUUAUGCUGGUUUGGUGUUUUGUUUUUUUUAAAUUCAGAAUUAGUCCCAGCUCGCUCUUAAAAUGGUACACUGGUUUAAUUCACCUGAAUAAACAGUUGGAACAAA